AUGGCAACACUAUUCAACAUAACAGUAGUCAAUGUAUAUGCUCCAACAUCUGACGCCUCAAGAGAAGAUAUUGAAACAUUCUACGAUGACUUGGAAGAUACAAUAUUAAAAGCUCCGAAAAAAGAUAUGCUUAUCAUAAUUGGUGAUUGGAACGCAAAGGUGGGUGAUGACAGUCCAGGCUGGGAGUGUGCAAUGGGCAAAUAUGGCUAUGGAAAACGAAAUGAACGUUGUGAACAAUUAUUAGAAUUCGCAACAUCACACAACUUAUUCAUUUGCAACACAGCAUUUCAACAAAAAGCAAGUCGAAAAUGGACAUGGGAAUCACCGAAUGGUUUACACAAGAACAUGAUUGAUCUAAUCAUCAUUCAAAAGCGCUGGAAAUCAUCCAUCAUCAACUGUAGGACAUUUCAAGGAGCUGAUAUCAGCUCUGACCAUUCCUUAGUUUUGUGCAACAUAAAACUAAGAUUGAAAAGUUUACUGAAUAAACCAAAACACAACCGACGACCUAACAUAAAGCAACUCAAUGACCAAACAACACGACACUUAUACCAGAUCCAACUGGAAAAUCAUCUGAACAACAUGAACACCAACUGCAAUCUGGACGAACAUGCUCUACAAAUCGAACAAGCAGUCAAAGAAGCAUUACAAACAAACACAACAACUCAAAAGAUAAUCAAGAAGCCUUGGAUCUCUCAUCACACUGAAUUUAGCAGAAGA